AUGCGCCAUGGAGCGUUUAUCCUUUCAUCCUUUCUUCUUCUACUGCAGCUUUAUGUAAUCGAAACCUCAUAUUGUGGCGAGAAUGGAGUGCCGUACAGUCUGGAAAUUUUGUCAGACGGCUCACCAGUGCUGGGCUGUGCUCAGCCAACUUGUAUGUCCGAACCAUUAGAGGAUAACGAGGAUAGUAUUUUCAUUGCUAAUGCUGCUGGACAGGAAGACGGAUAUUUCCGAGAAGGAGACAGGCAAAGGAGAAGUUAUUCGCAGAGUUAUAAACCGAAAGCCGAAUGCCCUGGUCAUUUCUCAGAAUUUGCGUGCACCAAAAAAAAUCAAUGGGUUGGAGGAAUAGAUUUCAUUGACCAUCCAAGACAACCAUUGGUCCUUCAAUGCUGCACAUUUGAAGGUUUGCGCUUUUCUCAGGACGUCGGUGUCACCACAAUUUCAUCUGGAGAAGCAGUAACUGGUGGCGAAGUUGUUCGUGACGGUCGUCAAAUUUCGUUUGAUGUUAUCGCAAACGCUAGGAAACUGGUGGAUCCGGAUGAUCCCAAACGAACUUACUAUGAAGUCACCGUCCGUCGCAUGAAUUGCCUUCCCGACCCGCCCGAGUUCGAAGUUGCAUAUGACGACGAUGUUGAGUCGGAAAUUCGACGAGUGUUGGGAAACGCCACAAACUCUGCCAUGAACAUUGGGCAUGACAAUCACCCACACAUUGCACGAGAGAAAAAGGUUCCAAUAAAUAGACCUUACAAGAGAAAACCAAAAACUUCCUCGACGCACAAUGUUGUUUCGCCAUUUGUGGAUGGACAUGAUGGUGAGAAGAAACCAAGAUCGGAGCCGUUUAUCGGAAGUUUUGGAGCUACAAUCUUCGACCCAACAGCUGAGCAUAACGCACAAGAGGAAUCUGCAAAAUCUGCAACGCCCCCGCCAAAGCGAGAACAUGUUCCUUAUACAAGAAGAAUAUUAACUCCCAAACCGAGAAUAAUUCCAACAACAACUCAAACACCGACAACAAUUGCUCCACCAGUUCAAGUUCAAGUUGAACCAGUUUCUCCAAUGCCGGCAGCUCCAUUGAAUCCGUUUGCAUUUGCCCCACUACCACCAUUUCCACAGUUUGGACUGCCACAACCAAACCUUUUCCAAUUUCCCGCUGCUCCACCUGCUCCUGCUCCUCUUCCCCCAGCCCCAGGACCAACAAUAUCGGGUGUCCUGCAAGCACCUCAACUAACUCCACUCCAACCAUACAACCAUCAAUUUGCAUUCUUCCAACCACAGCCACCAAUUGGACAGUAUGGCUUGAACGGUUUCCAUCAGCCAGCACCAGUUUAUGGUCUUCACGGAGUUCAGAACGUUCCGUCGGAUCAGUUCAAUAAUUUAGAUGUUUAUACGAAAUCAUUACUCACCAAUCCACAGAGUCCUUUUGCUCUGCAAAUGCCAACAUUUGGAGCAGCUCCUCCAGCUCCUCAAUUCUUCCCACAGCAACAGCCAACUAUUGAACAGAAUGCAAGUCUUCAAAGAAUUGAUAUUCAAGCACCACAAAGAGAAAAGAUUGCACAAACAGCAGCUCAAUUCAGCCUUCAACCCCAAGCAGCAAAUCAAAUCCCAAAAAAAGACACUUUGGGAGCUUUAUACAGGCCGCCACCUUUUGCUGCACUCGGAACAACUUUGUACAAUUUCCAAGCUCAUAAUGGAAAAUAA